CUGCAUAUUUAUACCGUUAGGAACACAACCAACGCGGCCGUCAUUAAGAGGAGCGACCGGGACGACGGAUAAAGCAAACCGCGAAAAGAGCACACCAGUUUCCAAAGGAACACAUCCCACCAUCGGUUGCCCUACAGGUCCUAUAUAACGAUAGACUCUGGGAAACAGAGAGCAGUAGCGGCGCUGGCCCUGACUGCCGCCAUGCCUCUUUUGGAAGAAACGUCGGUGCCAAAGGGUCAACCCCCCACCCUCCCUGUAGUCGUCAUAGGCAAUGGGCCGUCAGGUAUCUGUCUAUCCUACCUGCUGAGUGGCUACAAACCCUACUUAGAGACCGGGGCAGUGCAUCCUAACCCCAUAUUAUACCAAAAGCUACAGCAGGCCAAGCACCUCCCCAUCACUGAACAGGAUCUUGAGUAUUUGAGUGAAGGCCUGGAGGGGAGGUCAGGGAACCCUGUGGCGGUGUUGUUUGACACCCUCAUGCACCCCAACGCAGACUUUGGCUAUGAACUCCCCCCAGUCGUUCAGUGGAAACGGGACAAGCAGCAGCAGAUCCCACACCUGGUUCUGGGCAGUGCAACACCUGGAGGGGCCUGGCAUGCGAUGGAAGGAUCCAUGUUGACUAUUAGUCUUGGCAUCUGGAUGGAGCUCCCUGGGGUGAACUAUAGAGACCUGACCAAUGGAAAACGCAGGGUUGUCACCAAUGACAGAGCCACCCCAGAGGAGAUCUCGUCCUACUACCGUAAUUAUGUGAAACUCAUGGGACUGCAGAAGAACUUCAUUGACAACACAUAUGUGACCUCUGUACAGAAACUCUGCCGGGGCCACAAGACGCAGGCUGUGGCAAAGGAGGGUUCGGAGCAAGAGAGUGGAGGGGUUGGUAACGGUGAGAAUGAAGCGUUUGAUGGAAAUGGAGUUGAGUGUGAAGAUAGUGGGGGAGGGGGCACGCUCUGGGAAGUGAGGGGGUACCAGAGGUUGCAGAAGGACAGCCAUGUCCCUUUCUGCUUGUUUGCAGAGAAUGUUGUUCUGGCCACCGGCGCAUCAGAUUUCCCUGCUCGACUUGUCGUAGAGGGGGAGGAACUUCCCUUUGUACUUCACAGCAUUUCUGACCUGGGGUUGGCUGUGAGCCAGGGAAAACUGGAUUCAACCUCUGAUCCAGUUUUGAUUGUAGGCGCUGGUCUUAGUGCUGCUGACGCAGUGCUAUGCGCUUGCAGUGCUAACAUUCCUGUCUUACACGUCUUUCGUAAAAACAUUGACAACCCUGACCUAAUCUUCAAACAGCUGCCAAAGACUUUGUACCCAGAAUAUCACAAGGUCUAUAACAUGAUGUGCUCCCGACUUCACACGACAAGCAUGGCUGCUCCCUCUGUCUCUAAUGGACCACAGGUAGCGAGUGUUGCCUCCUCAAUGUGUGCCAAAAUAUGCUCAAAGCCCCCACAGGCCGUAGUUAACAUGUCUACCAACGGUGACAGCAAUCUCUCCCCUGACUACACUAGUUUCCCAGAGCACUGUGUGGUUUCCUUUCAGCCCGACAGGAAGUGUGUACUUCAGGGGAACAACUCCUUGAAAGCGUUCAAGAUCUCCAUGGCUCUGGUUCUGAUCGGGACAAACCCCAACCUGUGUUUCCUCAAGGGCCAGGGCCAGUACCUGGGUAUUGACCCCACAAAGCCCAUCUCUUGCAAGCAGAACCCCAUUGACAUCAAUCCCUUCAACUUUGAAUGCACCAAGGAACCGGGGUUGUUUGCGAUGGGCCCCCUGGUAGGAGACAACUUUGUUCGUUUUUUAAAGGGUGGAGCUUUAGGCAUAGCCUCCUGUUUAAUGAAGAGACUAAAGAAGAAUGAAAAGCUUAUCGGCGACGGGGUGAAAACAUUCAUCUAGAAUGUUAUUGUUGGUAGUGGCUUGUUGGCUGAAGAGCACACCUGAUAAAAGCUGUUACUAAUAGAGAUAAAUAAAGACAGUGAAGCUCAUCUCAAGUUAAUCCUAGUCAGUUUAUUACUAGAAAGGGCAGUACGAUUGUGAAAGGUAGGAAUAUGUAGGAUAUGUAGGAAAUAGUGUACCACUGUUCAGUUUGGAUCUGAUUCUUCUUUUCAAAACAUUUUCAACGUGUGUCUUUCAUUACCACCUAAGCCUCUCUUCUAUGUGUAAAUGAUGGACAGUGAUGCAUUACAUCAAAUAAGGGUGAUCUUUGUUUUGUCUUGGGGUCAAAUAUUAAGCCCAGAACAUAAUGCAUAAUGAGGAUGAAUAUUGUCUUGGAAGACUUGAAUGCUUAAAGACUGGCGUAGCCUUCAUCGACAGCAUUUGUGGGUGACUGCCGUACCGACAUGCAUGCACGCAUGCAUACUUGCAUGGCAUGUGCUGCACACACUCUUUAAUGCCCUUCUAUCAAUGCAAACAUGCGACAAACUAUUUGCCACAUUCGGCAGAAAACAAUCUCCAAACAAUUUCCACUAGCCUGUGGACUCUGAGCCUGUUACCCGCUGCUAUAUUUCCUUCAGUGUGACCUUAGUUUGGACAAGGACUUUUGAAAGUAACUGCCAAAUAUACGAUGGCAUCAAUAUUAAUAUUAUUUGACAAUUCUAUUGGUUAAUAUUAUAUUGGGAAAUAUUAUAUUGAAUAUUAAAUGCAGAUUAUUUGCUGUUGAUGGCAAGAAAACUACAACUGUGAAAUUCUAUAAUUUAAAAUGCAAUUAAAUCCAUUAAUGUUAGACAACCUGAGAAAAUUAGAAGAAAAGUUGCUCCUUGGCCUUGCUUUCCAAUCUGCUCUGCAUCUAGGGGGUUUAUAUUGAUAAUGGACUGAAUCAAACAACCACUUGAGCAGUACUGGUUUUAUGUAUUUAUGUUCUACGUUUGUUUGUUACACUGGCUGUAGCCUAGAGUUUCUAAAAUGGCCAGGGUAUAUCAAUACUCUAAUCCGUCAAACUAUAUUGUGUCAAAUACCUGAGCAUUAAUUUUGUAGCUUGCUUUUUUUACUGAAAUGCUCAAAAUGUUAGCCUGAUCUUCAUUAGUCUUAUGAUACUGAAAAGAAGCUGAUAAUAUCUGUGUCUACUAGAGGCAUACAAUAAGUCAGUGAGUGAGCUAGAAUAGGAAAGCAUCUCAAAAGCUAGAAUUGCAUAUUGUCUGAAACAGAAAAGGCUGCUUAGUCAGGCAGAAUGGGAAGGAAAUGAAGCAAGUCUCAACACAGUGUUUGAACAAAAAAGAUUACAUUUUCUUUUUCUUAAGAUGUUUAGUUGUCAAUGAUUUCAUUUCAAGCUUGUGUACUAAUUAUAUAUUCCCUCUGUAUAAGAGUUUGUGAAAUUGCCAUUAUCUCUAGGUUGUCUGGCUUGUUGUUGAGGUACCAAGGCCUCUAAGCCAGUCUAGACCCAGAUUCCCUUCCAGGUAGCUUCAUACAGGAGCAUCCCACUCAAGGCCCAGUGCCUCUUCACAAAUAAAACGGGCAAAAACAUUCAGCAGGUCUUGCAGUCUUGCUCAAGGGCAUUGGAGGAGGUUCUGUCCCCUUGGAAAACCAUAUUGCUACUACUACAGAAAAUUAGAUUAUUACCUCUCGAAUAUAUGUGCCAAAUUUUAGUUCCUUUCUCUGCUCCUAUGAACUUGCUGUGGAUGUGUGUAUGGACUUUCUCUGCAUCAACCAAUUGCACAAAAAACUUGUUUCUAGCAUUGUGCAAGUGCCUUAUAUGUUGGUUUAUCUAAUGAAAUAAGUUAAUACAUAAAUACAUCAAAAUAGAAAAGGAUAUUUGUUGGUAGUUAUGAAAUCAGGGCACUUGUUUGGCUUCUUGGUUUAGAAACAGGAAUAGUAGUUUUGUGCAUGCAAGCUUUGACUUCCUUUUCUAGUACAAACAAUAUGGAUUCUUGAUGUUUUAUAAACUGUAUUUUUUUAU